AUGAAUAAUGACAACACUAAGCUAGCCAUUAACUCUUCUGGCCCAAAAAGUGUGGGAAACAGUUCCCAACCUAAAUGUGCACUGUGCCUGACAGGAGUUUGCAAGACUAAUAAUCAUUUUGCAAGGAGAAUCCACUCACAGUCAAUUUUGAAAAAUGAGGCAGUUCAUCGUGCAUCUUGCGCUUGGCUUAUCCAGCAGCAGAAGGGGAAAGUUACCCCAGUCAAAUUUCAGAAAGGCCUCAAUGAAUCAAUACUUCUGUUGCUUGGUAUUUAUCCCAACAAGCCACUUUGUGAGAGAACAGCUUGUUGCUGGCUCGUUAAGCUUGGUUGGCAUCACACCAGAAUUAAGAAGGGAGUUUACAUGGAUGGACACAAAUGGGCAGACAUUGUUUCCUAUCGUCAGAAUAUUUUCCUUCCAAAAAUGGCCAAAUUCGAAAGCCGAAUGGCGAAGUAUGAACAUAUCGGCAACGAUUUACAGAGGAUUUCACUCUCGCUUCAACCAGGAGAGAAAGAAAUUAUCCCUGAGUUUCAUGAUGAGUCAUCUUUCCAUGCUGUUGAGCAUACAGCAUCGAUUUUGUUACAAUCAACAGAGAUCAUCGCAAAAAAAGACAGGGGACACUUAAUACAUGUCUCAGAAUAUAUUGAGGCUGAGAAUGGGUGUUUGGUCAUGAAUGGCCCAAAUGGUGAGGUUCUAAAGGAAGCACAUCAGAUAAUCUAUCCAGGCUCCAAUGGUGAUCCAUGGUGGGAAUCCAAGCAGCUUAUUGACCAGGUGAAAAACAAGGCAAUCCCAGUUUUCAAAGAAGUGCAUCCAGGAUCACCUGAUGCACUCAAAGCCUUUGAAAUGAAUAAAUCAAAUGGUGGAGCACAAUGUUGGCAAAAAGACACUGUCAUUCCAGAUUCAAAUUCAUAUCCAGAAUAUUGUGGCAGGGUUCAAAAAAUGACCACUGAGACUGGGCAACAAACAGGGCUUCAACAGACUCUUGCAGAGCAUGGCUUUGAUGUGCACCACCUUCGCGCUAAAUGCGCACCAGUUUGCCCUUUCGAGAAUGACAAUUGCUGCAUGGCACAUCUUCUCAGUAAGCAAGAAGAUUUUGCUAACCAUAUUUCUGUUCUUGAAACUGUAAUUUGGGAGGCCAGCCAUGAGUGUAUUUUCCUACCUAAGUUCCAUUGUGAGCUCAAUCCCAUUGAAAUGGUGGACAAGAAUACUUUCCAACAGGCGAAAGACACUGCCUCAGAAGCGCUGAACACUUGUCCCCCUAAGGUGAUCCGGCGAUUUAUCAACCAAUCGUGGUGGUGGAUGUCAGCUUAUUUCAGAUUGACUGGCAAGGCUGCCCAGUGGGCUGUGCAAAAGCAAAAAGGCGAUCGCAGUGUUUCAAGGACCGCGAUGAUGCAUUUAGAUUCAGUUCUCAACUAA